UAUUCAGUCGAGGCGUGAUAUUUCCGGGUCCUAUGACUUAUCAGGUGGGAGGAGGAGAGGGAGAUUUCUCUUUGAAUAAUCCUCUUCAUUCGAAACGUGAAGCUUUCUUACCAAAACUCAAAACACUUCUCCAAACUGUCCGUGGGAGAAGAGGGGAAGUGGUUGCUCAAGAGUUGCCAAAACUUUCCUUUCUCAUAACUGACAUUUGUAGUGGCACUGACUGGCAGCAUGGCAGGCGGGUCCGUGUCGGAGUGUAAGGAGUACUUGUUUAAAGUUUUGGUGAUCGGGGAAUUGGAUGUUGGAAAGACGAGCAUCAUCAAGCGAUACGUUCAUCAGCUUUUCUCGCAACACUACAGAGCGACCAUAGGCGUGGAUUUUGCGCUCAAAGUCAUUAACUGGGACAGCAAAACACUAGUGCGGUUACAGCUGUGGGACAUCGCUGGUCAAGAACGGUUUGGGAACAUGACCAGAGUUUACUAUAAGGAAGCAGUGGGUGCAUUUGUUGUUUUUGACAUUAAUCGAGGCUCUACGUUUGAGGCUGUAUCAAAGUGGAAGCACGAUCUGGACAGCAAAGUGAAACUGGCCAAUGGUAAUCCUAUCCCUUCAGUACUUCUGGCCAAUAAAUGUGACCAGAAGAAAGAUGGAUCCAACAAUUCUUCCCUUAUGGACAACUUCUGCAAGGAGGCUGGAUUUUUGGGUUGGUUUGAAACAUCAGCAAAGGAAAACAUAAACAUUGAUGAGGCUGCCCGAUUCUUGGUGGAGAACAUCCUUCUGAAUGAUAAAGGCCUUCAAUAUGAGGAGAGCAAUGGUGACAGGAUUAAACUGGACCAACAAACAUUGCCUGCUGAGAGCAAGUCAGGCUGCUGCUAGCGUGGAUGCAAUUGUCUGUUCCAUCACCCAUCGUGGAUAGGAGGCAGAAGGCCAGGGACCAAGCCCAACAAAUCCCCCCAACCCACAAAACCACCCUACCUUGCAUCUUAAUCUAAAACCCACAAAAGAUGUCACAGACACAUAAAUAGGAAGAGGCAGACUCUUGUCAGUUUGUGCUCCAAAAGGGGAGAAGACGUCACUGCCAAAGGAAAAAUGAUUAGUGGAAAACCUACCAUAAAAAAGAAAAAUACCAAUUGUCUCAUAAAGCUGUAUGUAGUGAGGUGUUUUUUAGUAUCAAGCAGGUAACUUGCAUGUUUGCAUUUUGUAAUAUUGCUUAUACUGAAUAAACCAUAAUGGGUGUCAUAGGAACAGGCAGUAAAAGUUCUCUAUGCAAAGCUGAAAUUAAACUAGUGUCUUCACAGAAGGUGAGCCAUUUUAAUGUACUCUGGAUUAAGAUAUUUGCUUCUGUUUCUGGGAGUAUCCACCCUAAAUUAAUCAGGAAAGAAGUUAUAAGUUGCUAUAGAUGUCACUAUAGCAAAUUAGUGCGUAUUUCCGUAGCAUUUAGUAAAUGUAUGGUGGGAAGGAAGAUCCCUCUAUUGUCAGUCUUGAAGCUCUUAACACAAAAGUAUGUUAUAAAGAGAAGAAUGUCAAAAACACAAGCCUAUCAGUCUUCCUCUAUUAGGAGGUCUGUAAGAGUCAUGAUCAUUCAUUUGCAUAUGUGGUUCUCAGAGCGUAAGAUGGUAUUAGGUUUCCUCAGGCUCAUGGACAUGUUAACAUUCAAACAUGUUGAUUUUUUAUUUUUUUUAAUGGUUCUAAAUAAGGGAUAUGGACAUCUGCUCUGCCCAUGCCUGUAUUCUACAAUGAACUUGAUGCAAAUAUAACCUUAUUUCAUUGUUUAUAUGCUGGAAAUUGUCAAGUUUACAAACAAAAGUUUGUUGAUUUAACAGUGAUGAAUAAAAUUUUAAACCUAAAA